AUGAAAGAAGAAAAGAGGGUUGAGAUGAUGCAGAAUCUGUUCGGAGAUCAAUCCGAAGAAGAGAUCGAUUCCGAACAUGAGUCCAAUCCUCAGCCCAACUACGCUUCCGGUGAGAGGGAGCAAAGUUCACAGGAGGUUGAUGCACAAGAGGAAAGUGAAGCAAGAGAUAGUGAGAGUGAUAACAAAGAAGAAGGAGAGGAGGAAAGAGUAGCCACAAAGAGGAGACGAGAUGUUGUUGAGAGUGGAUCAGAGAGAUCUGGUGAAAAGCAUUAUGAGUCUGAAGAUGAAGAGGUUGAUCAGACUAGAAGUCCAAGAUCACCUAGUGAAGAGAAGGAAGAGGCUCAAGUUGCACAGUCAGACGUAAAUAUACGUAAUGUAUUUGGAUCUUCGGAUGAUGAAGAGGCAGAAGAAUAUGUUCGGAAUGACAUUGACCAGGAUGCACAUAGAUCGCUAAUCGAAGAUGAAGAGGGCUCUGAGAAGGAUCUGAGAGAUGAUAUGGUCCCUGAUGAUAUGGUCCCUGAAGAGGAACCUCGAUAUGAGUCAGAAGAUGAGCAUGUUGAAGCUAGGUACAGGGAGAAGCCAGUUGGCCCCCCUUUGGAAGUGGAGGUUCCUUUCCGCCCUCCUCCAGGUGAUCCCGUAAAGAUGAACAUGAUCAAAGUUUCCAAUAUCAUGGGCAUUGAUCCAAAGCCAUUUGAUGCCAAAACAUUUGUUGAAGAAGACACAUUUGUGACAGAUGAACCUGGAGCAAAGAAGCGUAUUCGUUUGGAAAACAAUAUUGUUCGCCAUAGGUUUGUUAAGGGUCGAGAUGGCAAAACAUAUAGUGAAAGUAAUGCUCGGUUUGUAAGGUGGUCAGAUGGAAGUUUACAGCUUUUGAUAGGAAACGAAGUACUUGAUAUAACUGAACAAGAUGCACAGCAAGACCAGAAUCACCUUUUUAUCAAACAUGAAAAGGGGAUUCUUCAAUCACAAGGAAGAAUUUUGAAAAAAAUGAGAUUCAUCCCAUCAUCUCUAACAUCGAAUUCACAUAGGCUUUUGACCGCCCUUGUUGACUCGAGGCACAAGAAGCGCUACAAAGUUAAGAACUGCGUCACUGACAUUGACCCUGAGAGGGAGAAGGAGAAGAGAGAAAAGGCGGAAAGCCAAAACCUCAAGGCUGGUACAAAACUGAGUCAGGCGAGGGAGAAAAUUAAGCGCAAGUAUCCACUUCCUGUUCAAAGGAGACAACUUUCCACGGGGUACUUGGAAGAUGCUCUUGAAGAGGAUGAAGAGACAGACCACUAUGGUUCUCACCGCUCAAACCGUGGCUAUGAAGAGGAUCUCGAAGCUGAAGCGCUCCGGGAGCGCCGUAUUAUGAACGCCAAGAAGAAAUUAAACAAUUAUUUAACCGCUUCUCCCUACCAGAGCCACAAAAGCUUUCCGGGGAGGUCUUCAAUGACUUCAGCGAGACCAUCAAGGCGUCAAGUCGAGUAUUCCGAGAGUGAGAGAGAGGAAUCAGAAUAUGAGACGGAAGAUGAGGAGGAGGAAAAGUCACCACGACCCCGUAAAAGAGGUGGUAGGGCAGAGAAGGAGCGUGGGAGUAGCCGGAAAAGGAAAGGAAUUGAGUCCGACGAGGAGGAGUCUCCACCAAGAAAAGCUCCGACUCAUCGUCGUAUGGCCAUGGUUUAUGACAGUGACGAAGAUUAA